UGAAAAUGGCGGAUAAAUGUGUUGUCAAUAAACAAACUAGAGCAGCUUCAAACAUAGAGCAGUAACCCUGUCAAAAACUUUGGAGGAGUAAAAGGCAAAAUGUCUAGCAAACCUAAAAAAAAGGUGAGCAGCUCAGAAGACACAAGUUCCAGUAGCAGCAGUGAUAGCAGUUCAUCUUCAUCAUCAUCAGGAAGUGAUUCUAGUAGUUCAGAUUCUGAAAGUUCACAAGCUUCGGCACCAAAGCAGUGCAAUAAAAAAAAAGUGAACCGAACACGAGUGUCCAGCACCAAUUCCAGUUCAGAUUCUGCUCCCAAGAAAGAAACUCCAGUUAAGAAGGAAGAACCCAAGAAAAAGCAAAAUAAUGCUCCGACAAAGGCAAAGCCACCCCAGCCAUCAAAGAAACCAGCAGCCGCUGCAGUGCCUGCAAAAGCUGUUAAAAAGCCCCCUGCUAAGAACAGCACACCAGUCAAAAAGCAACCUCAACCAAGUUCAAGUGCAACCGUUUCUGAAGCAAGCAACAAAAGUCCUAAACUUCAGCAGAAGAUGAGGAGUAUUUUCAGCCCUGAAAAUAGCAGCAUGAGUAGUGAUAGUGAUGUUCCAACAAUUCCCAAGAAAAGUGCAGUGUUGCAGUCAUCUGAAGCAUCGGAUACAGACACAGAGUCUGGGAAUCAGGUCAACCAACCCAAGUCAAAAGGUCCCCGUGCAAGAGUCCAACCAAGACCAGCAGCUAGGAAAUCAUCUGAAAGUGAAGCAGAGACUAAAACAAAGGGAAAACAACCUGCGAGGAAAUUAACGAGAUCUUCCAGUGCCCGAAUAAGAAAAAGUAAGCACGUCAUUGGUAAAGUUUCCGAUUCGGAUUCCGAAGUCGAAGUUCCAGUCAGUAACAAAUCGAGCAGUGCAACGGGUAAACGGAAACCAGCUGCUGCAAAGGGAAAAUCGUCAUCUAUUGGCAAUCGCAAACUUACACCCAAAGAAAUCAGCAGCUACAGUGGCAGCGCUCCGUCUUCUCAUGAGAGCUGUAACACUCCGUCAGUAGAAGAGAAGAAGUGCCCAAUGGCUGGCUGCGAUUCCUCAGGUCAUUUAAAUGGAAAAACUGACCGCCACUUAAGUUUGCAAGCCUGCCCCUCUUAUCACAAUUUAACCAUGUCUGAAUGCGCUGCCCUACGUCUCAACGCAGAAUCUCAAAUCAACCACUGGUCCGCCAUUAGUACAAAUCGACAAGAUUUUCAUGUUCGAACUCCAAGAUCACCGCGAUCAUCUGGCCCGACAAGUGAACAGUUAAAGGAACAACAAAAAGUACGCCAAGCACGCGCUCAAAAAUCUGAACGAAAAGAAAUCGAUACAUCAGCACCAGCCGAGCUGGACGAAAACGCAGAAGAUAAGUGGAGAGAAAGAGAACCUAACCUAACCGGCCUCACCUCAGAAUACGAUCUGGCGUUAUUCCGGGCAUCCCAGGCUGAAGCCAGCACCAAAUAUGAGGAUGAACUGAAGAGUUUACCAUCUGCGGGCGGUUUACGAUUCAUCGAGAUGGGGAGGUUCGAGAUGGAAGUUUGGUAUCAAAGCCCGUAUCCUGACGAUUUAGCCCGGCUACCGAAACUCUACCUAUGCGAGUUUUGUUUAGUGUAUAUGCGGUCACGUACCGUGUUGAGACGGCAUGCCGCCAAGUGUGUCUGGAGACAUCCACCUGGUGACGAGAUUUAUCGGGCGCCUUUUCUAUAUAAUUCCAGGAAAGAAAAGGUCAGCGUCUGGGAAGUGGACGGACAAGAAAAGAAAACCUACUGCCAGAAUCUCUGCCUCUUGGCCAAGUGCUUCCUCGAUACCAAAACUCUUUACUACGAUGUCGAACCCUUUCUUUUCUAUGUUAUGACGGUCGCCGACUCGGAGGGCUGUCACAGUGUUGGAUAUUUCAGCAAAGAGAAAAAUUCUUUCCUCAAUUACAAUGUUUCGUGUAUUAUGACACUGCCUCCAUACCAACGCCAAGGCUACGGUCGACUCUUGAUCGAUUUCAGUUAUUUGCUGACGCGAACGGAGGGUAAAGUUGGUUCGCCUGAAAAGCCGCUCUCCGAUUUGGGUCUGAUCUCUUACCGAUCCUAUUGGAAGGACGUGUUGUUGGAACAUGUCUGCUCCUACCCGGGCAAAGAGAUCUCCAUCAAGGACCUUAGCCAAGAGAUGGCCAUCAAUGCUUACGACAUUGUCAGCACGUUGCAGGCACUGGGCAUGAUGAAGUAUUGGAAAGGGAAGCACAUAGUUUUGAAGAAACGAGACGUUAUUGAAGAGUAUCAGGAAAGAGCAAAGCGACGUGGGCCAGAGUGGAGGCACACUGAUUCAAAGUACUUAAGAUGGCGACCUUUUGUUGUGCCACAAGAGACGCCACCAUGAAAAACAUUUUUUUUUUUUUUCAAUUUAGCUGAAAUUCGUGUUUAUGUUCGUAUAAUAAUAUUUCGCUCACCCGUUUAUCUUGCGCUACUGUUCUCUGUUACUUUCCCCAUCCCCAACCCCCCUGAAAAAUAAAAGUGGUCGUUAUUUCGCAACCAAUAGAUGGCAGUAGUUAAUA